AUGGCGGAACGAAUUACCGAUGAGCAGGUCGCCGAUCUGCUCGCCAUCUUACGCACCGAUGCUUCUGUCGACGCCAAAGCGAACCGCAUCACCACCGUGAAGACGAGCAUCAAGCAACACAAUGUUCCCGCCACAUGCUUCGCGCCGCUUUUCGAAGCGCUCCAUAUUGCCUCGACCGCACAACACCCCGUUCUCGUUAAUGCCGGAUUCACUACGCUCAACCACCUGCUUGCUCGCUUGGCUAGGCAGGAUCCCAAGUUUUUGGCCAAGGAGGCGCCGCACACACUCCCCGUCGUUGUCGACAAGCUUGGCGACCAGAAGGACAAAUUCCGCCAGAUCGCCGUCCAAGCAUUGACAACCCUCUAUAAGGUCGCGCCCGUGGACGUCGAGCGCUCUGUGCGCAACAUUGCCAUGGUUGGCAAGAACCCCCGGGCGAAGGAGAUGAGCAUGCAUUGGCUAUUACAGACGCACCAAGAGCAAGGCUUGCAGUUUCGAGGCUACGUUCCGACCCUGAUGGAGCUUCUUGAAGACGCCGAUGGAUCAGUCCGUGACGUGGCUAAGACCACUGUCAUUGAGCUCUUCAAAAAUGCGCCCAAUGCCGCCAAGUCGGAUCUGAAGAGGCAGCUCAAGAACUUCAAGGUGAGGUCUGCAAUCGAGCAAGUCAUCGUGAAGGAGCUUAACAAUCCAUCCUCCUCUGUUUCCUCCCACCAAAACGAUAUGAUGGACCUGGACGAGCCGGUGGUGCCCACACGCGCUCCCGCGCCCGCUUCCAUACGAACCAACCUAUCUGCCAGCGUGCCUACUCUCGCGUCUGAGCGCCCCCUUACGCCAGGAUUGGAUAGUCGUCCCGAGCCGGUCGAGCCACAAUUUGUGAACACACAACGUGAGUUGGAUGAUAUAUUCAGAGAUAUGCACAUGUUCUUCGACGGAAGGGAGACGGAACAGAAUUGGCUGAAGCGGGAGGAGAGCAUGACCAAACUGAGGAGACUUAUUGCUGGGAACGCCGUCUCGGACUUCCACGACUCCUUUCUCGCUGCGCUUCGAGCGCUACUUGAUGGCAUCAUCAAAGCGGUCACCUCCCUCAGAACCAGCUUGUCCAAAGAAGGCUGCGCUCUUGUCCAGGACAUUGCGACCGCUUACGGUCCAGGUAUGGAUCCGAUGGUGGAAAUUCUCAUGCAGACAUUUGUCAAACUAUGCGCAGCCACAAAAAAGAUUGCCUCUGCGCAAGCCAAUGCCACAAUCAACACCAUCCUUGGCAAGGUCAGCUAUACCAAUCGUCUUAUGCAGCACAUCUGGAUGGCCUGUCAAGAUAAGAACGUUCAGCCGAGGCUCUAUGCCACUGAGUGGCUCACAACGAUGCUUACCAAAAUGGCUCAUCACAAAAACCAUGUCGAACACACUGGCGGCCUAGAUCUGAUUGAGAAAUGCAUCAAGAAGGGCCUGGCCGAUGCAAACCCUGGCGUCAGAGAAAAGAUGCGAGCAACGUAUUGGACUUUCUCUGGGAUAUGGCCAGCCCGAGCGACUCACAUAAUGAACGAGCUUGACUCGACCGCACAAAAGCUGCUCCAAAAGGACCCUCAUAACCCUAAUGCUCACAUUAGGACUGAGACAGGAGGAGCCCGCCCUGGCAUGGGUCUCUCCAAGAGCGUCAUGGGGGCUCCCAAGCCGAGCGUGCGCGAUGCCAUUAUUGCUCAAAAGAGAGCCAUGGCAUCGUCGAAAAACCAGCCGCCACGGCCCGGUUCAGCAAUGGCUCAUUUCUCUCCCGUGGGGACGACAAGAAAUGUUUCAUCAACCUCCCAAGCAUCCGUCGCUUCUGCUACCACAGCGUCCGCUGUUCCGGCACCAACAAAAUCAGCCUUUGGUGCUAGCUCGGGGGGGCUUUCGGGGGCACCGAUGCGGCCCGGCAAAAGAAGGCCUGAAGUAGCCGCUCGACCGGCAACGGCGGGUCCAUAUUCGGUGAGGAAUGAAGUACCUCCCGCCGAGCCAGCGAGCCCGCCUUCAAAACCUAGGAUCAAGACCGUCACAAGCCCAAAGACGCAGACACUCGUCAUCUCCCCGAAGAAGGCGAUCCCUAGGCCACAACAAUGUCAUUCUACGAAUAGCACGCCGGAGUUGCCUCCAUCAUCCGUAGUCGCCUCGCCUUCCAGAGUUAUGCCAGACCCUGCUCAAAUACCACUGCCCGAGAGCAGCCCAUCCAAAGACGAAGAGCUCUCGCUGGUAGUACCUGGCUCUGUGCUACCAACUCAGAAGACCCCGUCGCCGACGGAAGAGUCACAGCAACCGCAGAUUGCUAUAGUGCCCAUUGAGGCCGUUGAGAUCGUACCUGAUAGCCCCUACAGGUCUGUUCAAGUGUAUGAGGACCCAUUCACUGCAGGACAGGCCCAACCGCAGUCCACCUAUACCAGUCCUGUUUUGGAACCGAAGCCGGUCAAUGAGGGUGCCGCUACUCCCCCGCCGCCACAGCCAUCGUACGAUGGCGAGAACGGUCACGGCAUGGACGAAAUUCCCAUUCCUUCUUCCCCUGAACGUACCAGGCAAAAUUCGCGCCUCCUCGACAGUGGCAUUUCCAAGGUCGAGACUAAGUCCCUCGACGUCCACGGCUUCCGCAAGCUGCAGGGCAUUAUCCGCGAUCCCAAGGGUGCCGCUAUCUUCACCGACGACAAGUUCGACGCCCUCCUCUCUGGCCUCUUCGAGUUUCUCGAAGCCCACCCCUCCGAGAUCCCCCACGUUCCUGCCGAGAAGCAACAGGACGUCAAGGCCCAAAUCCUUGCCACCAUUAAGCUGCUCCUUAAGAAGAUGCGCGAAAACUUUCGUCCCCACGUCUCCCGCGGCCUCGACAGCCUGCUGCGCGCCCGCGCCGCCUACGACAGCCGCUCCCACAUCGUCAGCGGAAUGGAACUGCUCGCCGACGAGCUCAUCACCCUAGGCGACCCUACCGAGAUUACCCUCGUGUUGGCAAACACGCUCCGCGAAGCACUGCUUGAUAAGGACCAGCAGCACAACACGGCUGCUCGCUCCCUUAGUAUGGGAAUGCACGUCCUCAAGGAGGUGGUCGAAAGCUCGGCAAAUUUCUCGACGCCGUUCACGCCCACUGAGCAGGAACUGGACACACUCGCUGGGCUGGCGGCCAAGUGCCUCGAAAGCGCAGAUAGUGCGGUGCGCAUGGAUGCUGUGCAGUUGUGUGUGGCACUACAUGCGAAGGUGGGCGAUCAGAGGUUUUGGGAUGCGGUGAAGAGGGAGGGCGUAAGGGAUGAUCCGAAGAGUCUGAUAACUUAUUAUAUUGUAAGGAGGCAGCGUGAAGUUGGUACCAAUGCAUGAGGAAGUGCUUGGAGAGCUUCGCGACUCGCUGAAGACCCAAUGGGCCAUGGGGAUUACGAUGAGGAAGUUAGUAAUGGGUAAUAUGAUGGGUACAAUAAUGUGUUGUUUUUUGGAGAAUGUACGAAGAAGAAUCCAUUAGAUGUCUUUUAUGGGGCUGUUGCUCUUGGGGGUUCGAUUCUCGGUAUCAAGGCCAGGGCCUUUUGCACGCGGAUAGGAUGUUGAUGGAGGAUGUUGUAUGAUGCGCUCAGUGGUAAUGGAAAUGAGACAGACAGAAAAGCAUGGAUCAAGGCAGGCGCUGGUGCAAGAAGCAGGGAAUGGCAAUUAAGAUUUAUGUGUCUCCUUAACAGCAUGGCGUUCUUGUUAUUCGCGGGUGUUUGGCUGGCUGUGUUAAUUCACACAUCAUCAUCAGUAUAUAUUACAUAUCAACGCUGCAUAUUACGUCUU